AUGCCACAACCUUCAAUUAUACCUCGUAAAAUCCUUUUCGGUAACCCUUCAAGAGCAUCGCCAACAAUUUCUCCUGAUGGAAAAUAUUUAGCAUUUAUUGCACCCAAAGAUGGUAUACUAAACAUUUACGUUUGUGACAAUCCUAGGGAUAUUUCAUCCGCGAGAGCAAUUACCAAUGAUAAACAUCGUGGUAUCAGAACAUACAUGUGGAGUUUUAGUAAUCGAAUUAUUUAUAAACAAGAUAAGGAUGGUGAUGAAGAUUUUAAAUUAUAUUCUGUUGACGUAAAUUCUGGCGAAGAAAUUUUAUUGACACCGUUCGAUAAAACAACUAGUACACCUGAGAGAUUUUCUUCAGAUUUUCCUGACGAAAUUGUUAUUUCAAUUAAUCACCCUGAUCCAACGGCCUUCUCUUUAUAUCGUAGUAAUUUAAAAACUGGUGAAAUUAAUUUAAUUGAAGAGAAUACUCAAGGAUUUAUAGGUUAUUUUGUUAAUGAUGAUUUAGAAGUUCGUUUUGCCACUAAACAAACCGAUGAAGCGGGAAAUGAUGUUUAUAGAAAAAUUAAUGAUGAAUGGGAAUUAAUGAUUUCAUAUGAUCUUGAUGAUACAAUUUCUUCCGAGAUAAAAUCAUUGGUAAAGGAUGAUAAGGAUGAAUUAGUUUAUUUGACCGAUUCACGUGAUAGAGAAUUUAAUGCUUUGUAUAAAAUUAAUUUAAACGAUCCUAAAAAAAAACUUCAUUUAGUAGUAGAUCCAAAAAAUCAAAAGUCUGAUAUCGGAGAAACCUUACUAGAUCCUCGUACGAAUGUUCCAUUAGCUUACUCUUUAAAUUAUUUACGUAAAUCAUGGCACCCCAUCUGUUCUGAAGUGUCAAAGGAUUUAGAUUUCCUGAAAAGUGUUGAUGAAGGUGACAUCUCAUUCCUUUCUCAAACUUUAGACAAUACUAUUUGGAUCGUUUGUUUUGAGAAUGACACUCGAUCUGCAAUGUAUUAUUUAUAUGAAAGAUCCGAAAGGAGUGUUCAUUUAUUAUUUAAUCAAAGACCGGAAUUAGAUGAUUAUGAAUUAGUCAAAUUACACCCUGUUGUUAUCAAAUCUAGAGAUAACCUAGAUUUAGUUAGCUAUCUAACCGUUCCGCUGAAGAAACAUGAUCCUUAUACUAAAUAUAAGCCUACUCACCCUUUACCUAUGAUACUUGCGGUUCAUGGUGGACCUUGGAUUAGAGAUUAUUUUACUCCUUUAAAAGGAGAUCAUCAAUUCUUCGCUAAUCGUGGUUACGCUGUUUUAAGUGUAAAUUAUAGGAGUUCAACUGGCCUUGGUAAAACUUUGCUCCGUUCUGGUAACGGUGAAUGGGGCGGAAAAGCUCACGAUGAUUUAAUUGAUGCGAUCAACUGGGCGAUUAAAGAAAAGAUUGCAUUGAAAGAUAAAAUUGCUAUUUAUGGUGGUAGCUAUGGAGGUUAUGCUGUUUUGGCGGGAUUGACCUUUACGCCAGGUGUAUUCGCUGCUGGUGUUGAUAUUGUUGGUCCUUCGAACCUUGUGACACUUCUAAAAUCGAUUCCGCCGUAUUGGAAAGCAAUGUUAAACGAAUUAAAGAAACGUGUUGGUGGUGAUCCCGAAACCGAAGAAGGUGUUAAAUUUUUGUCAAGUCGUAGUCCGUUAAAUUUUGCAGAUAAAAUUUGCAAACCAUUAUUGAUUGCUCAAGGACAACAUGAUCCUCGGGUUAAACGUGCAGAAUCUGAUCAAAUUGUUUCAUCAUUAGUAUCAAAAUCAAUCCCAGUUGAUUAUGUAGUAUUUAAUGAUGAAGGUCAUGGAUUUGCUAGACCAGAAAAUAGAAUAUCAUUUUUUGCCAUGACAGAAAAAUUUUUAUCUGUUCAUUUAGGUGGUAGAUAUGAAGAGGUGAUCCAGGUUAGAAAGAGUGAACUUUAUAAUGAUGGUGAUGAUAAAGAAAAUUCACUGAUACGAUCAUCUGUGUGUAUCAUAGGUUCAUUCUGUUCAAGAUCAAUUAAAAAGUUUUCGAGCAUGAUAAUACCCGAGGAAUUGAAUUCCAAAGAAUCGAUCAAUAAGAAAUCAAGGAAUAGACAAAAGAAAGAAGAAACCCAACGAUCAAGAUUAAAUUCGAUAACGGAACUAUUCAACAACUUUUAUAUUCAACAAUAUGGUAAAGAACGUUGGCCAAACUUAUUAAGUUCAUUGAAGGGUCCUUCAAAAUCUUGCGCAAUGAUAAAUAAAUUCGCUUCAAAUACGAGCAUACUCGAGUUCAUUCAUGAAUCAAAGUCAAGUAACAAUUCGGAUAUGAUGAAGGUUGAUUAUUUAGGUGUGGACUGUUACAUUAGUGAUUCAAAAUUUCCUAAACCAAAAAAAGACGAGCAUAACAUAUUCAACGUGUAUCACCUCGAUUUGGCCUCCAUAAUGGUUACCAAGGCUUUGGACGUUCAACCUGGUGAUAUGGUACUAGACUUGUGUGCUGCGCCUGGUGGGAAAUCCUUGGCCAUUUUACAACGUCUCCUGAAUAAUGUUGAUCAAAGGGGAGGUGCAAGUGAAGGAAGUUCGACUCGAGAAAGUGGAGGGAUGUUGAUCGCUAAUGAAAUCAACAAUAAGAGAUUUCAUAGACUAUUGCAAGUAAUUAAAUCUUACAUCCCUUUUAAAUAUCAUCAAGAUCAAAUCAAAUUGGUAAAGAAUUCUCCUAUCCGGAAUUUUAGCUAUGAUAAAAUCUUAGUAGACGUUCCAUGCUCUUCAGAACGUCAUUUAAUCACCGAUCAAAAUGAAUUGUCAAGGUGGAAAGAAUCCAGGUCCAAAAAUUUUUCAAUAAAACAAUAUAAUAUAUUAUUAGAUGCUGUUAAGGCCCUUAGAAUUAAUGGUAUUUUGGUGUAUUCAACUUGUUCUAUUAGUAAUUUGGAGAAUGAUCUCGUGAUUAAAAAAAUUUUGGAAAAUAGCUGGGUGGAAUUACAAGCGGUUAAAAGAAACGAUGGAUGGGAAUUCGGUGAAGAAACUGAAUUUGGAUGGAUUGUUUUGCCGGAUAAAUGUGAUGGUUAUGGCCCAAUGUAUUUUACAAUUUUGAAAAGGGUCGAGAAGGAAAAUAAAUUUUGA